AUGGGGCUUUACGGAAGCAAAUCAGAAACAGCAAAAGCAGGAGAAAAGUCCAAGGAAGGAUGGGAGAGUUUUACGAAAUUACAGCUAACACAAGAGUUGAAUAUUAGUGAAAAUAAUUCGGUUAAAAAAGUUUCUGUGUAUUGUGAUCUCUGUUACCCGCAACUUGACUUUGUUGAAGCUGUUAGAUUUUGUCAAACAUGCAACAGAUAUCUCUGUAAAAUAUGCUACGAUUGCCAUAAACAUUCUUCCAUUAGAACAGAUAAAGAAACUUGUUUGGCAGUCGAAAUCAUUGCGCCUGAGUGUUUGAAAGAAAUAGAUCCAAGAGGAAAGGAAGAUGAAGAAAAUUGUUGGAUUUCUGGAAUGGCUCUGCUGUCAACAGGUGACCUUGUUGUUGUUGAUGGCGGUAAUCGUGCGGUGAAAAUGAUAAGGGUCAUUGACUCUGAAAUACUAUCUGAACUUAAAUUACCUUCGGAGCCUUUUGACAGCGCUGUUGUCACAAAGUAUGAAAUAGGUGUCACAUUACCGGAACAACAGCAGAUUCAGUAUUUAGGAAUAUUAAACGGUUUAUCAAAGACCCGUCGAAUGAGAGUCGAUGGUCAUUGCUUUGGAAUUUCGCACAAAAAUAGCCUAACUGUGAUCACAUUCCUUUGUCCAGAGAAAGUAGAAAUUAUUUCUAACGACGGAAAAAUCCUGAAGAGAAUUGAAACAGAUUUCAAAGGGAAUGAGCUAUUUUCAGCACCAUAUUAUGUUGUAUUUUGCCAUGAAAGGAAGCAUGUGUAUGUAUCAGACCAUAGGAAGGACGCCGUGAUAAAACUGUCAAUCGAAGGUGAGAUUAUUGCAACAUACAGAGCAGGAGAUCUGGAUCGUCCAGAGGCACUUGUUGUACGAGAAGACGGAAGUGUUGUUGUUGCUAGUAGGGACACUAACUGUUUGCACAUCAUAUCCUCGAGGUUUAAUAAAAUAAAAAUAUUGAAAGGAGAAGAGAGUAAAUUAGAGCGGCCGUGGUCACUUUGCUACUCCGCGGAGAACAAACUGCUUUAUGUUGGAAAUAAUGAUGGUAAAUCUAUAAAUGUUUACGCUUAA